CCAUAUUUUAUUUACUACAUUUGUUCCUUGAUUUAUUUAUUUAUUUAUUUCGUUCUGCUCCAGGGGUGAAGCGGCGUCUGCGGUCACCUGUGUGAUGUAAUCAAUGCGGAGGCCAGCGACGCGUCACGGGUGACAGGCGGGCUGACAACGGCGGCGAGACCACGCACGACACGCAACGACCGGGCGCCCCUCACAAUAGACACGAGAACAAAAGCCGCGCGCUGCGCUUUAACUGAUUAAUGUUAAUGCGCGAGGACUAGUUUCCUCAGCGGAGGGUUACGCGGGGCCGGCAGCGCCUGGCGAGAGCGAGGCGUCAGUGCGUGUUUUUGUGUUUUGCUGAAGCCUCGCAGGAGGAGGAGAAGCAGAGCGAGCCGCGAGCGGAGCCAGGCGGACUCACUGCGGAGAAAGAGAGACACUGGGGGGGAGAGAGAGAGAGAGGCGUGAAUGGGCACGACUCAGCCUGCUGCUCAGCGCCGCUGCGCCCUUCACUCCAUCCACAUCGAUCGCUUCGCCAACAACUGAGACGCUUUGGACCCCGGCGAGGGUCCGUGAAGCUGGCCCGGUCCCGGAGCUCGGCGGAGCGGCCAGCGUGAUGGGACGUGAGUGAGGCUGCAGCCCCGGAGCUCAGAGCAGCCGCAGCAGCCCAGCGCAGGGACGAACAAGGAAGCGCUGCGCUGAAGCUAACGGCUAGUAGCCGCAGCUAACGGCUAACUGUUGGCUAAUAUCGAUUCUAAUGAGCCAGCGAGGAGCAUGCGAGCUAACAGGAAGAGGUGAGAGGCCGCCGUGUGUACACGCAGCCGGGGGCUCGCCCCCUCCACCUUCCCCGCUGCAGCUGAUCAAUGUCGGGAUACUGAAGGAGGAAGCAGCCGCAGGGGCUGACUUGUCUGGGGAUGUCGGGCAGUAAGGCGCUGGGCGGGGGGGCUGGCAGCGGGGCGCGGCGCAGGAGGACCCGGUGCCGGCGCUGCCAGGCCUGCAUGAGGACGGAGUGUGGAGAGUGCCACUUCUGCAAGGACAUGAAGAAGUUCGGCGGGCCGGGCCGCAUGAAGCAGUCCUGCCUGCAGAGGCAGUGCACGGCGCCGGUGCUGCCGCACACCGCCGUGUGCUUCGCCUGCGGCGAGGCGGGGAAGGAGGACACGGUGGACUCUGAGGAGGAGAAGUUCAGCCUCUGCCUGAUGGAGUGCACCAUCUGCAACGAGAUCAUCCACCCCAGCUGCCUGAAGAUGGGAAAAGCUGAUGGAAUCAUCAACGACGAGAUCCCGAACUGCUGGGAGUGUCCGAAGUGCCACAAGGAGGGGAAGACCAGCAAGGACCAGGCGGACGGGUCGGGGAAGCGGCGGCUGGACAACGGCGAGGUGGGCCGCUGGAAGCUGACGGACGAGCCGCCCCCCAAGAAGAAGGCGCCGCCCCCCCUGGAGGAGGCGGGCCGGGCGGAGGGCGGGCACAAGAGGAAGAAGGAGAAGGAGCAGCCCCUGGACAGCGGCCCCAAGAAGAAGAUUAAAGGCGCGCACGAGAAACGCCUGAAAAAGAAACCCAAACAGGAGGCGGGGGAGGCCAAUGGACCCUCUUCCUCCUCUGGAGGAGCAGCUGGAGGUCAGCAGGGCGUCUCCUCCUCCUCCCAGCCUGCAGGGGGCGCCGGAGCGGCGGGCGCGGCGUCCAGCGCGGAGCAGCGCUCCCACCACCGAGAGAAGCUGGAGCGCUUCAAGCGCAUGUGUCUGCUGGAGCGCCGGCCCUCCUCCUCCUCCUCCUCUUCCUCCAGCUCCGAGUCCGACUCCGAGUCGGAUUCGGACGACUCCCUCAGGGGGGAGCAAGGGGGCGGGUCCUCGCCUUCGUCGUCCUCGCCGGCCCCGCCCCCCGCCGUCGUCUACGGCAACAGUGGCGGCGGCCGGGCGGACAGAGAGCGGAGCCGCAGCGAGCGGGAGCGGGCGCGGCGGCUGGCCGAGCUCGGCUUCAGCGCCAGCGAGGAGUCGGAGGGGGAGGGGGGCAGGGGGGAGGAGGACAGGGAGGAGGAGCAGCCUGGGGGAGGCGGGGACAAGGCCCGCAAGCGAGGGGAGGUCUCUUCCCGGGCGCGGAAACCGGGUCCGGUGGACGGCGAGGAGGAGGAGCCUCCUUCCUCGGAGAGGAGCAGGAAGAACUCGGCCUCGCUGCCCCCGCCCUCCCCCCUCUCCUCCAACCUGAUCGCCGCCUCCUCGCUGCACGACGGCUUCGCCGCCAAGCAGCGCAGCAACGGCCAGGAGGCGCGCAACGGACGGACCCGGGGAGGGGCGGGGGGCGGGGAGAAGGAGAACGCCAGCGGGGUUCUGGCCAAUCACAGACACGGCGGAGGGGGCGGGGCCAAAGGCAGCCGCAGCAACAAGGUGCGCAACAACACCAAGAACCCGAGGAACAGCGUCUCCUCCUCGGCCUCCUCCUCCAUCCCCACCUCCAACGGCGGCGCCGGCAGCGGCCUGCUGAUGUCGGCCAUGGCGGCGUCGCCCUGCUCCCAGCCGUCCCGCCUGGCGCCGCGCUCUCAGAUGAUGAAGCGCAGCCCGCCGGCCGUGCCCUCGCCCCCCCGGCCCGUCCAGAUGGAGCGCCACCUGGUGCGGCCGCCGCCCGCCUGCCCCGAGCCCAGCUGCCUGCUGCUGGACUGUGGCUCCGCCCACAUCAUGACCCGCGACGCCUGGCUGCGGGUCUUCACCUACCUGAGUCAGCGGGAGCUCUGCGUCUGCAUGAGGGUGUGCCGCACCUGGAGCCGCUGGUGCUGCGACAAGCGGCUGUGGACCCAGAUGGACCUGAGCCGCCAGCGCUCCAUCACGCCGCCCAUGCUCAGCGGCAUCAUCCGCCGCCAGCCCGUCUCCCUCAACCUGGGCUACACCAACAUCUCCAAGAAGCAGCUCAUGUGGCUCAUCAACCGUCUACCAGGUCUGCUGGAGCUCAACGUGUCGGGCUGCGCGUGGCCGGCGGUCUCGGCUCUGUGUCAGGCCGUCUGUCCCUGCCUGAAGCUGCUGGACCUCAGCCGGGUGGAAGACCUGAAGGACUCGCACCUGAGGGAGCUGCUGGCCCCGCCCCCUGAGACCCGCACAGCUCCCAGCGAGGGCAGGGCGGGGCGGUUCCAGAACAUGGCUGAGCUGCGAUUGGCCGGUUUGGACCUGACGGACGCCGCGUCCCGCCUCCUGGGGCGCCACACCCCCCACCUGAGCCGCCUGGACCUCAGCCACUGCGGCAGCAUCACCGACCAGACGGUGCGCAACCUCACCGUCUCCCCCCUGAGGGAGAGUCUGACCCACAUCAACCUGGCAGGUUGCGUGAAGCUGACGGAGCAGUGCGUCCAGCUGCUGCAGUGCUGCCCCGCCCUGCAGACGGUCGACCUGCGCUGCUGCUCCCUCCUCUCCGCCGAGUCCGGACAGCUGCUCUCCUUCCCCUUCCUCUCCUCCUCUUCCUCAACCUCCUCCUCCUCCUGUACGACCUCCUCUUCCUCGGCCACCACCACCGUCGCUGCUCUCUCCUCCUCCUCCUCCUCUUCCUCAGCUCUUCCUGACGACAGAACGCUGCUGAAGAACAGCUAAGCCCGCCGGGUCAUGUGACAUGGCUGAGCCCCCCCCCCCCCCCCCCCCCCGUUACACUACAGACAGGUGAGGAAGAGGAGGAGCCGCUCUACUGGCGCUGCAGAGGAGGAAGAGGACCCUCAGCAUGUACAUAUUUGUUCUCUGUACAUUUAUGGGUGUGUGUAUAUAUCUGUAGUUUACUGUAAAUGACACUCCCGCCCCUCCUCCCUCGGCCAAUCACGGCCCCUCCUCCCUCGGCCAAUCACGGCACCUCCUCCCUCGGCCAAUCACGGCGCCUCCUCCCUCGGCCAAUCACGGCGCCUCGUCCGCUGCUUUUAGGAGAAACGAAAGAUGUCGACGUUCAGGCGCUGCUCAGUAUUCCUCCCACAUUCCCACCGGAACCAGAAUCUGGAAGCAGGACCGACCCGCUGUCCUUGGGUCUGGGUUUCGGGUCGCUGAGGUUCUGGUGCCCCCCCCCGUGUUUAAAUUGAGCCUCGUCCGACCCGCUUGUUGGGUCCGGCGGCCCGGCCGGCCUCGCUGAUCACCGGUUCUUUUUCUCAGGAGUGUUUGUGUUUUUGUUGACUUUAAUUUAUUCGGUGCCGCAGCUCUUCCAGCCGGGCCCGACCGGAGCGCCGCCUUCUGUCCCCGCCGCCAAGUUCUGGUCCGGUUCCGACGCUGCGGCCUGGUUCAGUUGGAGAAGGUCCUCAGAGUGACCCGUCUUGCUUUAGUGAAUUCUACAUAUCGCUGCUCAUCCGUGUGGGUCGGGGCUUCCAGACGGUCCGGUUCCGUGUGAGAGGAGGUCCAGGUCCGGUUCAUGUUCUGGAUUGAUUCUGUAAAAAUUAUGUUUGUUUCUCCAAACGUUUAUCUUGUUUAGAUGAAAUCAGCAUCUGGGAAGAGAAAAGUGCUGUUCUGACAGCAGAACGGGUCCAACUGGGUCCAAAUGGACGGGUGGAAGAACCCAGCCCUCCUGUCUCUCCAGGCAGUUCCUUUUUAAAGUGGUUCUGAUCAAGAUUUAUCCAGAACUCAGGAUGGAUUCUUGGUUCCGAACUCAUUCCUGACUUUAAACUGAAACGGGUUUCUCAGAAACAGAACUUGGGUUUCGGGUUUUAGGUCCGGAUGUCAUAAAUCUCAUCCGGUUUGGGAACCGGUCCGUUUGUCGGUUGAAACGGACCGAAGCCAGGGGAGGAACUGUUGAUCAGAACCGGAUCAGAACCGGAGCACCUGGGACUGAAAGGACUUGGAGCUGCAGGAAGUCGGUACCGGUCUCCAGAAACUCAACUCUGGGUGUUAGAACCAGAACCGCUCCGCCCACACCAUGUUCUAGUCAGGUUUUGGUUCUGGUCGGUUCUCAAGAGGUUCUGCUGGUUCAGUGGAACCGCCUGGUGGUUUCAUGCUUGGGUUUCUGAAGACCUUCAGCCCGGUUUUAGUCCUUAAGGCAGUUUAGAACCAGAACCUCAGCGUUUCUGAGCAGAACCUCCAGAGCAGAACCUUUAGGUUCUACCUCUGGGUUAACGUGGGAAUAACUGGACCUGAGGCAUGUUGGGCUGGAGUAGAACCCGACCGCAUCCUUCUGGGUUAGCUCAGGUUCUGCCUCUUCAUGUGACCCGAGGUUGUCUCUGAUGUUCUGAUCCAGUAACUGUGUUCUGACUCCACCUGUCCACCAGGUGGCCUCGGUCCGCUGUCUGCACUGAUGCAGCUUCCCGUGGUGCGUUCAAGGUCCGCUCAGGCUGUGGGAGGCGGCAGCACUGAGGAGGGGGGGGGGGGUGACUCGUCAAACAGCCGAACUUUAUUCCUGAGAGAAAACGGAACCCAGUUCAUCGCUGGUUCUGAUUCUGCUGGUUCUGAUUCUGCUGCUUGUCUGUAUCUCAGUGGUUUCCACGGCCGCGGCGUUUCCACGGGUCGGCUGCCGUGGAAACGCCGCGGCGCCUCCGCCCUCGUUGUGCCAUAAACGCAGCAGCUCAGCCGCUCGCUUUCAUGUCUGUGACGCUGAUGCGCGGCUUCACCUGGCGACAGGUGAGCAGGUCGAAGCUGAUUGGACGAUCAGUCUGGGACCUCGGUAUAAUCUCGAUGCACUGGAUCAACCCCGAUGUUCCCUGUUUUUUUGCCAAAUGUAGUUUUUGUUGUGAAAAGGGGCAUUUUGCUGUUAAUUUCUUUGUUUGGUUUGUUUUUAUAUUUUGUCCAUGAUUCUUCCAACGUGUUGAUGGAAAAAUGAGGAAGAAGUUUGAACAAAAGAGACCAACUCCAGGCAGCUACGUGUGAAUGACUACUGUACAAUGACAAAUAAAGAAGCGAUGGGUUUGUUUUUA